AGCAAUAUCCGGAGACACGGGACGUGUCCCUAUUUGUCCAGAACGCGCGGCAGCAGUGUGACGUGACGUGGACGCGAAGUGCUAACGAUGCUGGUGUUGUUGUGCGCGUGCGCAUAUCUGGCUGCGGGCGCAGCGGAGCCGGCGCCGGCGCUGCAGGGCGCCUCGCGCUGGUCGGUGGCGUCCAGCGUGCUGCUGAGCGACGCGGCGACCACGGGAGGGGAGCUAGGGUAUCGCCUGCAGGCCGCGCUCACGCUGCGCGCGCAGCCGCUGGCACAAGGGCUGUUGCUGCACUUCACGCUGGAGUCUCCCCAGCUGAUGCUCCGAGGCAAGCACCAGAAUGCGGAGUUCCUCCCGAAGCCUUCUAUAUGGGACUCCAUGCCCAGCUCCGAGUUCCUAGCUGUGUGGAGUGAAGGCCACAUUACCGAGGCCUUUCUUGACCCAUCUGACCCUCCUGAUGUGCUGGACUAUAAGAAGGCUCUCAUCAGUUUGUUCCAGUUCCAAGUAGAGGAGGGUGAGCGCAAUGAGACAGACGUGUCGGGCUACUGUCACGUGCACUAUGAUGCCGUCUCCGAACUGGUCUUCAGGAAAAGCAAGAUGCAAUGCACGUGGCAAGAAACGGUAGACGAGGACGAGAACGACGGGUGCGCGGAGCGGCGGCGAGUGGUGCGCUACCAACUUUCCUCGGCCGGACUCCUCGACACCAUCACCGCCGACGAAGUGCUGCUCCUGCGCGGCACCGACCGCGCACACGCGCUAAAGGCGCGCGCACUGCACAUGCUGGGCCGCGCGGGUGCGCCCGCGCCGGCGCCCGCGUCUCCUGCAGAUCUAGCCGCUGCGCGAGGGCGGCUACCCGCCCUGCAGCCCACACCGCUACCGCUCGAACUGAGACCCGAAUCCGAUGAUGAGCCAAAGGAGUCCCUGUCCUCGGCACUGUCAGCGCACCGCGCGGCCGUCGAGGAAGCGCGCGCCGGCAGCGCGGAGGCGGCCGCGGCCACGCUGGCGUUGCUGCCCGCCAUACGUGCCGCCACGGCUAAAGAGCUGACAGCUCUGCUCGACCAUCCCGAUACUGACGAGUUAGAAGGCCUAGUCCGCGUACUCGGCCUGUCGGGGUCACGCGGCGCACAUUUGGCUGCGCGUGAGACGCUACAACUGCAGGCUAAAGAACCGCCACGAGAACACCUCGGCAGGGAAUAUCUCGCCGCACUGGCUAUAGCGCCGCAGGUGGAGGAGUUCGUGGUCCGCGACGCGAUGAAGCUCGGCGCCACGGGCGGCGCGCUGGCCCCCGCGGCGGCGCUGGCGGCGGCGGCGGCGGCGCGCCAAGCGCCCCACCCCGCCAGGGGGGCGCUCGCUACCGAGGUCAAGAACUCGCUCACGAGAACACUCUCCAAGUGCAAGGAGGACGCAUGCUCCGCGGCGCGGAUCCUCGCUCUCGGACAGCUCCGGAGGCCCGAGCUGGUCGAGCUGUUGCUGGAGCACGCCGAGACAGGCGCACGCGCGACCGCGCUCGCCGCCAUCGCUGCACUGCGGGCUGUGGCUAAAGAGGGCUACUACGGCGUGCAGCGCCGCCGGCUGGAGGCCGUGGCGCUGGGGCUCGGCGGCCCGCGGCCGCUGGCCGUGCGCGCCGCCGCGCUCGAGCUGGUGCUGUUCUCCGCGGCCGAGCGCCCGCUCUCCCUGCUGGGAGUAACGCGGGGGCUCCGCGAACACGGGCCGCGCGAGCUGCGGCGGCUCUGCUGGCUGCGGCUGCUGCAGCUGGCCGAGACCCGCGCCGAGCUGGCGAUGCUGCUGCCCUCGCUGGACCCCAGGCCUAGAGACUGGUUCCGGAGGGCGCACGAUGUGCGGCGGCUCUGCUGGCUGCGGCUGCUGCAGCUGGCCGAGACCCGCGCCGAGCUGGCGAUGCUGCUGCCCUCGCUGGACCCCAGGCCUAGAGACUGGUUCCGGAGGGCGCACGAUGGCACGUCGUCGGUGCUGCAGCGUGCAGCGCACUGGGCGCGGCUGGACUCCUCGCAGCUGGCCAGCGCGGGCGUGCUCAGCCGAGGCAAGGUGGAGCUGGCAGCACACACACCGCUCGAACAACUACAUCUGCUCACCGUGGAGAUAUGGACGCGCGGCAUGGAGUCAUUCGCGACGCCUCCAGUGAUACCCGCCGCGGCGAGAGAGGCGGAGGACGAACUAAAACCGGAGGAGGAGGAAGCCGUCGAGGGGGGGCUAGCGCUCACCGUAGGGGGGGUCAGGAGGCCUGACGUCACGCUCUUCAACGGACAGGGCGAGCUGCUGGGCCACAUCUGGUCGGGCGCGGGCUCGGCGCCGACGCCGGUGCUGCGCGCCGUGCUGCCGCGCGCGCACGCCGCGCGCCGCUACGCGCUGCAGGCCGGCGCCGUGCUGCGCGCCACGGGGCGGCGGGCGCUGGCGCUGGCGCAGGACGCGCAGGUAACGGGCUCGGCGCCCACGCCGGUGCUGCGCGCCGUGCUGCCGCGCGCGCACGCCGCGCGCCGCUACGCGCUGCAGGCCGGCGCCGUGCUGCGCGCCACGGGGCGGCGGGCGCUGGCGCUGGCGCAGGACGCGCAGGUAACGGGCUCGGCGCCCACGCCGGUGCUGCGCGCCGUGCUGCCGCGCGCGCACGCCGCGCGCCGCUACGCGCUGCAGGCCGGCGCCGUGCUGCGCGCCACGGGGCGGCGGGCGCUGGCGCUGGCGCAGGACGCGCAGGCGCAAGUGUCCCUCUGGGGUCGCACGGCGCGCGCGGGGCUGGCGCUGCGCGGGGCCGGCGUCGAGACCUGGACCCUGCGCCUGCGCACCAAGUGGGGCGACGUCACGGCGCGAGCGCACGCGGAGAUAGAACCGGAGCUCACUAUCGCAGCGGCGCUAGAUUUCUACGAUAAGCCACAGUUGUGCGUGCAUACCGCAGUUCCUGACUACACCUACAGCCGCAACGUGACGCUGGAGUCCGUGCUGGGCGCCGGUCUGCUGCGCGUGCGCCGCGCGCGGGUGACGUCACGCCGCGCGCCGGGCCGCACGCUCGCGCUCGGCGCGCCCAACGACGCCGCCUGCGCCGCGCUCGGCGCCGACCACCGCGAAUAAACGUGCUACUGACGUGACCUCUAUUCAAAUCUAUAUUCUAGGACCUAGGUGAUGUCCCUCCGCUUCCUAGCUCUAGGUGCGCCUAAUAAUGCAGGUCGGCGCCGGGAACUGGUGUGGGUCGCGUCCCUGGCUCUCGGCGCUCCUAAUGAAAUGGCGUUCUACUCGCGUAACGUCACGAAAUGAGUGACGUCACCGCCUGUCACGGGCCGCACUUGGCGCUCAGCGCGCUGACGUUCGUGACUGAUGUGAGCGUCAGUCGUAGUUGACGUCGCGUCGGAGCCCGUCCCGGCCCGACUUACUCCAUAUAUCAUACAAGAAUAAAUCAAAAUGACUGACAAUAUUUAUACUAAAUCGCGUUCCUCUAUAUCAGUAAAUGGCUGUCGCUGGAUGGUGUCGCUAACGGCUUUUUCAGUUCCAUCCAUCUUGUUAUGCGCUUAAUCCUCUUGUCGGCCCAUCUAGAGACCUGCGUCGGUGACGCCAUUUAACAAUAGACUAAAUAAACUUUCCAAUUUGGACACGACUUAUUAGAGUUAUUGUUAAUUCUCUCCAAAAUAAUUUAAACCAAAGCUUAUGAAUAUAAUAUUGGGUAUAUUUGACACUUUAAGUGUAAAUGUAUUGAGUUCUAAAUUGAGCAGCUUUAUGAACUAUCAAAGAAAAUAAUAUAAGACUGCUGAUCUAUCUGAAAAUUUAGUUUUGAACAAACCUGGGGAUCUAGCCAACAUGACAAUCGUACACCGAUAAAUGCCAAACAAAGAAAACAUGUGAGAUGACAGAUGCUAUGCAAAAUUACAUGAUUCAUUACCUAUUUAUUGUACCUAUUGUAGUUUCGUUUGGUGUCCUGUAUCCACCCAUUGUUAUCUUGGCUAAUCCCCUGGAUAAAUAAAAUAAUUGGCGUUUUCAGGCAGUUAGAGUUAUGUUUUAAACGAAAUAUUUUUUCAAAUUAUAAGUAAGACCCCAAUCGCAAAUUAUCUGUGUCACCUAGGUAUUUUGUGGUGGUUGCUGAAUGCUGAUGCAUGAAUACUUGAAUAGCAUAAGGUGGCCAUUAUUUUCUAGUGAUUCAAAUAAAAUAUUACUUUUAAAUGGUUAAAAACGCUUAUAACAAUACAAAACUAUUACAUUCUAAUAAAUCUACAAUAUCUUUUCUACUUCUACACUUGUUAUUUUAUAUUUUUAAGUAUUUUUACUUUACUGUACACUGAGCUAUCAUAACAUUAAAAUAUAUUUAUAACACCUUUAUAUGUUGUAUGUGUAGUUUAACAUGUUUGAAUGUUCUGAGAUGUAAUUUUCAGCGCUAAUCAAUGAUUCCUGAUGUGAUCGCAGGUGCCUUGUUGUAUGUACAUUUAUUAUGUGUAAGUGUUCUUCUGUUUAUAGUCUACAUUAUUUUUCAAUCGUAUACUUUUUACUAAAUCUUGUAUUUUAUAAAUUUUAUUCGAGUCUCAAAUUAAUUGUAAGUUUACUGAAUGUUGUUGUAAGCUCUCUAUUUAAGAAAAGAAUCAAUAAAUAAUUAUAAUUUUAAAUUUAAA